UUGCCAUCGUUCUUGCACCCGAUGUUUAUGAUAGAUAAUUCAAAGAUCCAUGGCGCAGCCUGUAAUUUCUCUGAGCACCUCGAAGUUUUCUGCCAAUUCAUCAUCUCUUGUUUACUUCGGAGUCAACUUUCCUUCCAUUUCUUUAACAAUUUGUUUAUUUCUGACUCUGUCCUCCCUUUCCCACACGCGGUGGUAGAAUUUUCUAUUUUUAAGGAAAAUCUCACUGAUUCCUGGAGCAGUGUUCUUGGCUUCAAAAAAACACCAAUCGCCCUCUGAUUCCAGCUUCUGGUGUGAAAUCGUCAAUGGAAUCCCACAAAAUCACGCCCUCUUUGGUUCAAAAUCUGUGUUUCCUCUUCUUCUUGAUGUUCGUCAAUGUUAAAUCCAAAUUGAGCCCUUUUGCUGAGUCGAAAGAUCCAUAUGUACCCCACUACUACACUCGAUUCACUGAGGUGGAGAAAGCAUGCAAACCUGUGCUUUCUCACUCAUCUUCAAGUUUGAAUUUUGAUGUCAAAAGAGCAAAUAGCAUUGAGGCUGAGCUAUCCUUCAUCAAGGGAGAUUGGAGACAAGAACUCGGCGAAUCACCUUUAAUGCCUUUUGAUGACAGUGAUCUGCUGCACAAUUCCUCGAUCCUUUCUGAUCCCCUUCGGCUCGUGACAUUCAAUUUGACGCAUUUUGAUCCCGAUAAUCAUGGAAGAUCAAUUAAUAUCGGCGGAGCUUUGUCUAUAGGCUUAUCAAGAAGAGGCACUGUUCCCGCUGGCGGCCCGUUGGUGUUUCCAGGCUUUCGCAUAUGGCCGGGGGCUUCUGAGCUGGUUAUUGUUUUCGAAGGAGUUUAUACUGAAUCAGAGGAGAAUGGCGGAGAAAGGGUUUUAUGUCUUUUGGGACAUUCGAAACUUCCUUCUCGUCAACAAGAUUCAGUUGAUCCAUGGGAUUGGGCAAAGAAAUCUAAUUCAAGCAAUAUUCUGCCAAAACUCAUGCAGGACGACAACAUCCUCCUUAGUCUUCGCUACCCUAAGACUUUCAUGCUGACAAGUAGAGCCAUUCGUGGAGAAUUGCGCAGCUUGAAUGAUAAGUCCAGUCGCAAAUACUUUGAUGAUGUUCAUCUAACUUCUCAGCUUGGUGCUUCUUCAAACUACCAAUUUGCAUCUGAAAAGUUCAUUUACAAGGCCUGUGAUAACCAUUACCCUAAUCAAACUGAAUCCCUUAACGGAAAGGUUGAGCUCUACAAUGGUGAUAGGUUCUGUGAGCGUCUUGAUAGCCUUGUCUCUGGGGAGUUUCUUAAUGUUGUACCAAAUUGGAAUUGUAACUCCACUGAUGAGUAUUGCAGCAAGCUAGGGCCUUUUGAAUCUAACCGGGAGAUCAAGGCAUCUAAUGGUGGUUUUGCUAAUGUUGGACUCUUGAUGCAGGAUGUCCGGUGUGAGCAGAUAAUCAGUGCAAAAAACUCUUUAUAUGCUAGAGUUUCUGCUGUGUUUAGAGUGGUUCCUCCGUUGCAGAAUCACUACUGGGUUUCACAGAGGAGUGGCGUUGAUGGAUCGACACUUUCAGCUGAGGGGAUAUGGAAUUCUAGCACCGGACAGCUUUGCAUGAUUGGUUGUCUUGGUCUUGCUAAAGAUGGUUGCCAUUCUCGCAUCUUUUUAUAUGUUCCUACCUCCUUUUCGAUCAGGCGGCGAAAUUUAUUGUAUGGGAAGAUUUCGAGCAUCAACGAGACUAACAGCUUGUAUUAUCCCUUGACAUUUGAAUUGCCUGUUCAUCCUUCGCAACUUUCCAUGAAGUUUAGUAGAUUCCCUCCGCUUGCAUAUAUUUACUCAAAGAUAAAAUUUGCUGGUGCCUUUUUGGAGAGGAAUGAACCUUUUGAAUUCAGUAAAGUUAUCAAGAAAUCACUUUUAAGCUACCCAAAGAAAGGAGAUGAGAGUGAUGAGAGUAUCAGGCUUUCAAACCUCGCAGAUGAUCUCACACUCUCUGUCUAUGUCAUUCCUGAUCCGUUGCCUGAGAAUCGGGUCGCAAAGCCAUUUCUUCAGCUGGAAAUACUCACAAUUGGAUCAUUUUUUCAUCGCUUUUGGGCAUAUCAGAAUGCAUCUACUUUGGAAGGAUCAGAUCAGUCCUUUGACAAAGCUUCUACGACUGAAAAACAGCUUCUUCUAAAUGUUUCAGCAGAGCUUUCUCUUUCUGAGAAACCAUAUAGUAAUGUUUCAUUGCUUUAUCUGGAGGGACUUUAUAACCCAAUUGAUGGUAAAAUGUAUCUAAUCGGCUGCAGAGAUGCUCGCGCUUCAUGGAAAAUCCUGUUUGAUAGCAUGGAUCUGGAAGAUGGUCUGGAUUGUUUGAUCGAAGUGAAAGUUGAAUACCCGCCAACAACGGCAAGGUGGUUUAUGAAUCCAAUGGCAAAAGUCUUCAUCACCAGCAAAAGAAAUGAUGAUGACCCUCUACAUUUUAGCCCGAUUAAGCUUCGAAGUACUCUUCCAAUCUGGUAUCAAAAACAGAAGGAAGACAUACUUUCACGUAGAGCUGUUGAGGGAAUUCUUUGCAUCCUUACAUUGUCCAUGGUGAUAGCUUGCAUAUUGAGCCAGUUAUUUUACAUUCGAGAUAGCAGCAGUGUUCUCCCUUAUAUCUCUCUUAUCAUGCUUGGUGUUCAGGCUCUGGGUUAUAGCAUUCCUUUGAUCACUGGAGCUGAGACACUUUUUGCAAGAAUUGCAAAUGAUUCUUAUGAGAGAACAUCCCAAGGUUUUGAAAAGAAUGAGAAAUUUCAAAUAUUUGAUUACAUGGUAAAGAUUCUUGUACUCUCUGCAUUUCUUCUUACAAUAAGGCUUGGUCAGAAGGUCUGGAAAUCACGUAGCAGGUUACUUACACAUUCUCCAUUGGAACCAAGAAGAGUACCAAGUGAUAGAAAUGUUUUUCUCAUUAGCUUAAUUAUACAUUUCAUUGGAUUUCUUGUAGUUUUUAUUGUGCAUAGAAUCAAUGACUCCAGGAGAGCAACCAGCACAGAAACUUACAUAGAAGCAAAUGGAAACCGCCAUAAAUCGGUUGUUCAAAUUGAGGAGUAUAUUGGACUUGUUCAAGAUUUCUUCCUUCUCCCCCAAAUAAUUGGAAACUAUUUGUGGAGGGGAAACUGCAAACCUCUCAGGAAGGCUUACUAUGUUGGUAUCACUUUGGUUAGAAUACUUCCACAUAUUUAUGACUAUUUAAGAGGCCCUGUCUUCAACCCUUACUUUCCACAGGAUUAUGAGUUUGUAAAUCCAAGCUUAGAUUUCUAUUCCAAAUUUGGAGAUAUUGCGAUACCUGUUGCAGCUAUUGUGUUUGCAGUCAUUAUUUUCAUUCAGCAGAGAUGGAGAUGUGAAAAGCACAGAGAGGGAGUUCAGUCAAGCCAAACCCUACAUUCUGGAGUUUAUGAGAAGCUUCCUUCUGUCGCAUUUGAAGCUGAGCUUGUUUCAUGUGCCAAUGAAACUCCAAUGGAGGAUACCUUGUCCAGGGAUGUAAACUAAUCUGAUACCUCUGGUGCCAUUUUCCUUCUUUCUUGUUUCUUAUUAGAUACUGGAAUGAAAUGUGUUAGUCUUGUAUUAUGUUUAAUAGGUCAAAUGAGAAACAAAUUCAUCCUUUUAUCGUCUAUAAUGGUAGAAUCCUGUUGAAAUUGUUAAGAGAUUUUAGUUGAGAUUUAUACUUAGCCAUUUCAAAAUUUA